AUGGAAUGUACGAGGUGGCCAAUUCGCGUGCAGGGAAAUUGGAAUCUGCCUCCGGAGAAACCGCCAGAGGGAGCGCGGCCUUCACAAGAUCCGGCCUUCAUCCCUGAUCAUUUUUUUGUUUCCCCCUUUCAUGCGCCAACCGCCGUUGCAUGUAACGACCAGGAACGGCUGAGUCGCGCAGGGAUGCCGAAAUUCGACUAUCGGAUAGAAAGCCACUGUUGCAAAAAUUACCCCUCUCCUCUCGUGGAUUGCCAGGUUUCUCCGGCGAGGCCGGAGAUGCGAACCAUCACAGGAUCUCCCUGGUUCGGGCCAAACGAGUAUCACAAUCGUCGCCGGGGUCGGAGCAAUCGAAACGGAAAGGAGGCGCAGCUCCACGUCGCCGCGGAGAUAGCUGCGAUCGGGGCGACCUCCCUUACGUUGAAAAUCCCCCCAAUCGUCCCUCCCCGAUUCGCCGAGUUGGUGGGAUGGUGGUGGGAAUGGUGGGAUUCAGAACGGACGAGGCUACCACAUGCAGGAAAACCGGCCGAGGUGCAUACGCACUGGGUGCCACGUAAGACGGGCCUGAUGCUCACUGCCUGCGUCCAUCGGGUGAGGGAUUUUCGCCAUUGGCGCCGCCGGCCCAAGCGAGGGGAAUGA